CGCAGUUUUUCUGUCAAACACCCAUCAUCCGUCAUAAGUUUGUGUGUGGUCGUGUUUGAUUAUUUCACAGAAAAAAGAAUCAUUGUUCGAAUAUUCACAGCUAAUAAAUCAUACUAUGUCACUGUGAAGCUUCCAAAUCGAACCUCCAAGCUAAAUUUUGAUGAAGUCAAACCCCAAGUGGCCAGCAAGUGCAAGGUGUCCCAGCAUUUGACACAUCACACACCCAAACCAUUGAGCAUUGGUUGUUUAAUUAGUAUUUCCUUAAUUGAUACAUUUUAUUCGUUAUCGGGUGCUAAGAUAACGAAAUGCAAGCUAUCAAAUGCGUGGUAGUUGGUGAUGGUGCCGUCGGUAAAACAUGUCUCCUGAUCAGUUACACAACAAACGCCUUUCCAGGCGAAUACAUCCCCACAGUUUUCGAUAACUAUUCCGCAAAUGUCAUGGUCGACGGCAAGCCCAUCAAUUUGGGCUUGUGGGAUACGGCGGGUCAAGAAGAUUACGACAGAUUACGACCUUUAUCCUAUCCACAAACGGACGUAUUUUUAAUAUGCUUCUCUCUUGUCAACCCGGCGUCCUUCGAGAACGUCAGAGCAAAGUGGUAUCCGGAAGUGAGGCACCACUGUCCCAAUACGCCCAUUAUUUUAGUCGGUACGAAGCUGGAUCUUCGAGAUGACCGUGUAACUAUUGAAAAAUUAAAGGACAAAAAACUCUCACCUAUCACAUAUCCACAGGGUUUGGCGAUGGCGAAAGAGAUCAGCGCCGUGAAAUAUCUCGAAUGUUCCGCGUUGACGCAAAAAGGAUUAAAGACAGUAUUUGAUGAAGCCAUACGGGCAGUACUGUGUCCCGUCAUGCAAGUAAAACCAAAACGUAGGUGUAACAUCUUGUAAUUGUAAAUUCAAAGCGCGCGCGUGCGACAGAGAGAGAGAGAGAGGAAACAAAAAAUAUUUGAAAAAAAAAAUGAAAUUAAAAAAUUGUUGUGUUUUUAGCGGCUGUCUCGCGUCCUUCCACUUCGAUGGGCGAGUUCGGAAAUUUUCAAGGAAAAAAACUGAAAAAAAUCCGAGUUUCUUAAAAUGUUCUUUAACGUGCAUCGAAGUUGGAACAGGACGAAAGAGGGAACUCCCUUUUAAUUUUGAACCAAUAUUCUUCAUGGAAAUAAAUCUUUUUACGUUCGCCUUGUAUUCUGUACUUACAAUUCAUAACCGCGUACAAAUUGGUUCAAAAUUAUCCGAUUUUAUAUAAAACUAAUCUUUUUGAGACCCCAAAAAUUUACAUUUGCUCCUUCCAGCAACCUAUGCGUCACUAAAAAAUUGAAAUUUCUGAUGAAAUUAUUUUUGGAUUUGACACAUUUCUUCACAUUUUAUGACAGUUAGUAUCGCUUGCCAAGUGUCAAGCUAAAAAGUGAUCCAUCUUUUUCUAUUUUGGCAUCUUUUCAAUUUUGUUAGAAUUUAUAUCUUUUAUGUUAAUUUAUUUUUUGUAGGACUAAAAAGGUUGGGGAUGGUCUUAAAAAGAUUGGUUGAUUCAUUAUGAAAAGCACAAAACAACAUAAAAACGUGCAUAAAUGUGAUUAUUGUUUUUUUGAAUGAUUUUUAAGUAUAUUGCAAUUUUGCGAAGUUGUUUAUAUUAUUUCUGCAUUUAUAUAUAAAUAUCUAAUGUUUAGGUGGAUAUAUCGACGUCAAUAAUACACACAAUGUGAACGUGCGGGUUAUGUCGCCGCGUUUGAUUGUUAAAUGACAUUGACGUUUUGUCACUGUCAUUUAAUGUCACGUUUGUUUAUAAUCGACGACCGUAACUCGCGCUGUCCUUAAGAUUGUUACUUGCCUGGCUAAAAUUAAUGUACUACUACAUAGGUGAAAAAUAAUGUGUUCAGUAAUUAAUAAACAAAGCCUACAGGUGUUUGUAUAUGGACAACAUAGACCGCCAAUAAAAAGAUAAGAGUAAAAAAAAUAUUAUAUUAGGGUCUACCCCCACAUUUUUUAUUUUGAAUUUAUGAAUUAAUUGUUAUCGAAAUUAUUUAAUUUGUUUUACUGGAAAUGGAGAAUUUCAAUGGACUUCUUUUUAAUAAAAUUAUGUAUUUAUCAAUUUUUAAUUAGGUGGUAGAUUAGUUAAAAACGUUGCCAAAACUUCAGUAUUUGACAUUUAGCAUGUAUACCAACAUAUAAAAGACAAAUUUCACCGUUUGACGGACGUAUUUAGAAAAUAAAUUGACGGAUAACAGUUAAUGUUGUUUGGUUGGUAACCCUGGUAGGUGACUGGUGCCCGAGUUGAAGUUCUCCGUUUCCUCGUAGCCAAAACUAUUUUAAAAUUGUAAGAUUAUAAAAUUAUGUUAUGUUCUUUAGUGGUGAAUUUGGAUUCUACAGAAGAAGUAUUUUUUAUAGAACACUGUGAAAUAUGUUAAAUUUUAAUUAAUAAUAACAUUAUUAAUUG